AUAUAUAUAUCUAUGAAGAGGACAACUUGGUGCCGACGGAACGUUUGACGCUGUCGACAUUUUCUACACGGACGCUUUUGUACAAGGAACCAGAAACCACGGGGCUGUCAAAAUGGAAGUGAAAAACGCCAACGCUGCCAUGCUCAGUAACUAUGAGGUGUUCAAACUCCUGACAGACCUGAAGGAACAAAGGAAGGAGAGUGGGAAGAGCAAGAACAGCUCUGGGCAGCAGAACUUGAACACCAUCAUGUAUGAGACGCUCAAGCACCUGUCGAAUACGCCCUGCAGCAGACAGAGCCCAGAGGUGGUCCAAGAGUUCCUCACCACCAUGAUGCCUCAUAAACUCACCAAGGCUGAGAAACUGCAGCUACUGAACCACCGGCCGCAGACCGCAGUGGAAAUUCAGCUGAUGGUAGAGGAGAGUGAAGAGCGUUUGUCGGAGGAGCAGAUCGAGGAGCUCAUCCAGACGGUAGCGGACAUUCUACCCGGUGACCCUGAACAGCUGAAUGCUGCACCAGCAGAAGCAGAGAUGGAUGAACAGUCAUGAAGCUGUGAAAGGCCAGAAAUGUCCCACAGGUGAAGAAUUGGACUGGUUGCUUUAUUUUGCAUCACUUCUUGAACUGAAGAACGUCCUGACAGAGUGGAUGCAGAGUGGCUGCCUGGCCGUGGCUCACAGUACAUGGUUUUCACUAAAAUGUCUCAUUGAAUGAUUCAAAUGAAGGUGAAAAAACGCAUAUUGUCGUCAUUUACUCAGUGUUGUGUACAUACAGCUGGACUCAGAUCCAAGUUGUGCAGACUUUCAUAUGUACAGGUUUUCGAACAGUGACUUUUUUUUCUCCUGACUUGUCUGAUUUGUAUUUCACAGCAGAUCAUAUUUUGGCAGAGAGUCUGCUAUUAAAGGGCCCAUAUUGUGUAAAA